AUGGUUCGCUUCUACAGAGUCUCCGCUGCGACCCUCGUCACCGCCGCCACCGUCUCCGCCAUCCCCAUCCCAUGCCUCCUUCCCUUCCUCAGCGGCGCUGGUAGCCUCCUGGGAAGCUCCGGCCUGGGUGCCAGUCUCGGCCUCGGUGGCAGUGCCAGCGGCAGCGGCGGCGCCGACUUGGGCGCCAGCCUUGGUGGUAGCGGCAGCGGUAGUGGAAGUGCUGGUGCUGGUCUCGGUGCUGACCUCGGCGCCGGUCUGAGCGGCAGCGCUGGUCUGGGUGCCCUUCUGGGCGGUGGUGCCAGUGCCACCGGUGCUGCAGGUGCUGGUGCGUCCGGAGCCGCUGGUCUUGGUGGCUCUGCUGACCUGGGCGCUGACCUGGGUGCCGGUCUGGGCGCUGGUCUGGGUGCCGGUCUGGGUGGAAGUGGUAGCGCUGAUGCUGGCCUUGGUGCCAGUGCUACUGGCGCUGCGGGUGCUGGUGCCUCGGGCUCUGCUGGUCUAGGUGCCGGUCUUGGUGGAUCUGCUGGCCUUGGUGGCUCCGCCGGUCUCGGUGGCAGCGCUGGUCUCGGCGCUGGCCUGGGAGGAAGUGCCACUGGUGCCGCUGGUGCCGGUGCUUCUGGCGCUGCUGGCCUCGGUGGCUCCGCUGGCCUCGGUGGUAGCGCCGGCCUUGGUGCUGGUCUUGGAGGAAGUGCUACUGGCGCUGCUGGCGCUGGUGCUUCCGGUGCUGCUGGUCUCGGCGGUUCCGCCGGUCUUGGUGGCUCUGCCGGUCUGGGCGCUGGUCUUGGUGGCAGUGCUACUGGUGCUGCUGGUGCUGGUGCUUCCGGCGCUGCUGGCCUUGGUGCUGGUGCCGGUCUUGGAGGAAGUGCUACCGGUUCUCUCGGUGCUGGUGCCUCAGGUGCUGCUGGUCUUGGUGCUGGUGCCGGUCUUGGUGGCAGCGCUACCGGUGCUGCUGGCGCUGGUGCCUCCGGCGCUGCUGGUGCUGGUCUCGGUGCUGGUCUUUCCGGCUCUGGCUCCGCCGGACUCUCUGGAUCUGGAUCUGCUGGUCUCGGUGCUGGCGCUGGUCUUGGUGCCAGCCCCAGCGGCAGCGUCGGUGCUAGCCCUAGCGCUGGUGCCGGUCUUGGUGCCGGUCUCUCUGGAUCUGGCUCCGCUGGUCUCUCUGGAUCUGGAUCUGCUGGCCUCGGUGCGGGUGCUGGUCUCGGUGGUUCCGGCAGUGCCUCUGGUGAUGUGAGCGGUAGCGGAUCCGGCUCUGCUGAUCUUGGUGCCGGAGCCUCUGGCAGCGGUGAUGACGAUACUGACGUCGGUGUUUCUCCUACGACUGCGGAAGCUCCCAGUGCCACCACCACUUGGGUCAGUGCCUCCACCAGCGUCUCUCUCGGUCCUUUCGGUGGCGCCAGCGGCAGCAUCACGGCUGGAGGAUCCACGGGCGGCGACGACAGCGACGAUUCCGGUGCCGGAGCUGAUGCCGAUGCAGAUGCGGAUGCUAGCGCGGAUGCCGAUGCCAGCGCUGAUGCGGAUGCCGAUGCCUCUGCCAGCGGCAGCGGAAGUGCUGAUGCCAACGCUAGUGCUGGGGCCUCCGUUAGUGGUAGCGCUGAGGCCUCUGCUAGCGCUAAUGCGAAGGCUUCUGCGUCCUUGAACUUCUCUGCUUAA